CCACAGGGUACUAAAGUGAAAGAAUUGAAACCACAAGGGGUUUUUUGAAGUUUUCCCAAAAAAAAAAUGCACUGUUGUGUUAUGGAUAUAUUUCGAUGAGAGGGUUAAUUUUGGCUCUCAGUUUGAAUUGCGCUAAAAAUCAUCAUUUGAUUGAUUGUUAUCAAAUUUACGGAUGAGCGGUGGAACAGCUUCUGUGUACGAAAAGUGUAGGUACUUUUAAUUUUUCUGUGCACGGAACUGUAGAAAAUUUACACCUUGUGCAAUCGGUGAUCAAAUGAUCAUAACCGUCCAUUUGUUGCAUCUUGAAUUUUCUGUUUUGGUUUGAGCAUUAAUCUUUACAUCUUUUGUUUUCUUUUCUUUCAUAUUAUCUUUUCUUACAAUGGUUUAAUUUUUCUCUUUUUCGAUAUCUUAACUCUUUGUAUGAGUUGUGCUUGCCUAUAAUAAUAUGUAGAAUUUAUGCUACCAUACUAUCGGUAGUACUAAACAUUUGCUGUUGUCGAAUUUUCAACUGUUAGAUAAAGAGACAUACGGUUAAAAUAAUAGUAGUUCUUAGUUAGAAUUAUAAGAGUUUUCUAAGAUUGAGUAGAUGAUUAGUUGAAUAAUAUAAUUUAACGGAUAAAAAUAAUUAAUGAAUAGGUCUAACAAUAAAAAUUACGAUAGUAUAAAAAAUUCGAUACUAUCGAUAGUACAGUACAGUAGCCGAACUAAUAAUAAUAAUACUUACUCUCCCGUAUUCUUUUUUCUUACACAGCCUAAUACAGUACAGGCCCCACCCAAGAAAUUCCCUUUUUAUAUUAUACUAUACAAUAUUAGUCACGUAUUUAUUAUCACUAUUAUAGUUUUAAGCGUCGCAACUUCCCAUACGCUUGGUCAGCUACUCUAAAGUAUCCACCAAACUUAAGCUGGAGCUAGUCGUUUUUGUUUCUUUUUUUUUUACUAUUCCAUUUUCUGUUCUAAUUAAUUUGACUCUCCUAUUAAUACUUACUUACCUGCAGUCACUCUUCUUCCUCUUCCUCUUCCUCUUCCUCUCUCCAAAAAAAAUAAAAUAAAAUAAAAUAAAUAAAUAAAUAAGAGAAAGAGAGAGAGAGAGAGAGAGGGUCUUUCCCAUUCAUCCGGAUUCGAAUCCGCACCAAAGCAUCCGAUUCCGCGGAAGCGGUAACCUCACCGCGCCCCCCCCGCCCCCCUUAUAUAUCCCUAUUACUAUUAUUAACUAGUUAAUAGUAAAGCAAAGCAAAGCAAAUGUUUAAGCUGCUCCUCUCCAUUUCUUGUCCCCACUCCAGUCCACUCCACUCCUCCCCAUCCUCUCCUCCUCCAUCGUCGUCCUCGUCCUCGUCCUCCUCCUCCUCCUCCAUAGUCUAAUAAUGGCUCCCAAGCUCGUCGUCCUCCUGGUCGUCGUCGUCGUCGUCGCCAUGGCCUUUGCGGUGGUGGUGGCGGUGGCGGCGGCUGAGCCGGACGACGAGCGGUGCCUGAGCGAGGUGCACGCGUCGCUGGCGGACCCGGGGGGCUCGCUGCGGAACUGGAGCCGGGCGACGUUCGCGUCCCCCUGCAACGGGUUCACGUCGUACCUGCAGGGCGCGACGUGCAACAACGGGCGCGUGUACAAGCUGUCCCUGGCGGGCCUGUCCCUGUCGGGGUCCCUCUCCCCCUUCCUCUCCAACUGCUCCAACCUGCAGACCCUCGACCUCUCGUCCAACUCCCUCUCGGGGCCCAUCCCCGGCGAGCUCUCCCUCCUCCUCAACCUCGCCGUGCUCAACCUCUCCUCCAACCUCCUCUCGGGGCCCAUCCCCCCGGAGCUCUCCCUCUGCGCCUACCUCAACGUCAUCGACCUCCACUCCAACCUCCUCUCGGGGCCCAUCCCGGACCAGCUCGCCCUCCUCGUCCGCCUCUCCGCCUUCGACGUCUCCUCCAACCGCCUCUCCGGCCCCGUCCCCGUCCUCCUCGCCAACCGCUCCCUCGGCUCCCCGCUCCCGCGCUUCAACGCCUCCUCCUUCGCCGGCAACCGGGGCCUCUACGGCUUCCCGCUGCCGCCCGCCCCGCGCGCCGCCCGCGCCCUCUCCGUCUGGGCCAUCGUCGCCAUCGGCCUCGCCAGCGGCAUGCUCAGCCUCGUCCUCAGCUUCACCGCCGUCUGCCUCUGGCUCCGCCUCGCCGACCGCCGAGCCCUCAUUAGGGUUCUCAUUGCCCUCUACAUCUCGAUCUCUCUCUCUCUCUAG